GCCUGAUCGCCAAACAGCCUUGCGGUAAAAAACAAGUCUGCAGAGCGCACGCAGCGGGACUCGCAAAGGGACGGCCGAACGAAACCAACAGCAACGACGACGACAGGGUGGAUGAAGCAAUAGAAAAUGAUUUGAAUUUCCGUGCCUAACUGUUUUACUAUACGAUUUGAACCUGACCACACAUGUUAACCAGUUCAAACUUGAGUGCCAUUGACGCCUAUCUCAGCUGAUUCUUCCGGCCAACGCAGACACGGGUGCAUGGGCGCGGUGAUGCAAAGCAUAUAGGCAGGUACACAUGCAAACUAUUGCACUGCACGUACCUGCAGUUGCUCAGAGGUUCCUUGCAGUGGCGUCGACGCCUACCUCGGCUCAAGCCCUGCCGGUGCGCGCGUACGUGCGUGCUCCAUUCCGUGGAUCGCACAGCCUUUUCACGGCUCUUCUACCAAAUCAGAGAGGCACUUCCUCCUUCCUCCCCACCUUGAAAUGGUUGAUGCCUGCAAGGCUGCAAUCAUGUCCGAUCUCGGUAGACGCCACCGCCUGCCGCGCCUCUUCUUCGUCGUGUCGUUCGCCGUGCUUCUCUUCUCGGUUGGCGUCAACGGGGACGAGAGGGGAGAUCAAGCUGAUGGUGGCGGCGGCGUUGGCGGCUUCAGAUUGCUGCUUGGCAUCGGUGCUCUGGGUCCGAGGCCAUUGCGGAGGCAGCAUCACGGCCAUGCCGCCGCUCCCGCUCCGGCUCCGGCUCCGGUUCUCGCACCGGCACCGGCACCGGCCACGGGUCAUCGUGCCCACUUGCCGUUGCUCCAUAAGAACGCGCGCCUCCCGGACCCCGUCCCUGGGAAAGUCGGCCACAAGAGAAACGGCACAGCGCAGAGCCCGCGCGACGGGGGAGGUCGGCACGAGCACGAUGGCAAGAAAAGCAUGCAGCUCGUCGUUGUGGCCGCCGCCGCGGCGCUCUCCGGCGCGGUGGUGGUGCUCCUCGUCGUCCUUGUGGUGUUCCUGACGUGCAGGAAGUUUCAGAGGAGGCGCGGCGGGGCUGAGCAGAACGGCGCCACUAACAAGGUGAGCUUCGAUCCUGGCCCGAACCUACUCUACCUGGACGCCGUCAAGCCGUACAUCGAGGCCACGCACGACGGCGAAGAGGCGCCGGACACGGUCGUGGCCGGACCGAAAGAUGACGAACCGAAGCGUGAGGAAGAGAAGGAUGCCGGCGCUUGCUCCGAAGACGACGACACCGGGUCGGUCCAUUCCUCGUGCUGCUUCAACUCCUCGCACUUCUCCUACUCCGAGCUCCGGGAUGCCAAGUCCGGCCAGGCCGACGGCGUGUCGCCGUCACCCUCCGCGCGGUCGAGACGGCGGAGCUCUGCCCCUACGACGCCCGCGGAUAAAAUGAGGGUCGCGAGUCCUUAUUCGCCGCAAUGCCCGCGCACGCCCGGGAACCAGGAGCGAGCGUACCGCGCCCACUCCCCGAGCUCGUCGGAGUCAGCAGCGCGGAUCUUCAUGGAUCAUGAGCUCCGGCGAACCCGCGGUUCGUUAAGCUUUCCGGGAGUGCAGAGCAGCAGCACGCGCCAAUCAAAGGAGACAAAAGCAGAGACAGGAACCGUGCGCUCGGACGCUGCAAGUGGCAUGACGGUGCCGCCACCACCUCCUCCUCCACCGCCUCCACUGCUGCCGGCAUGCGGUCCGGGUGUCGUACCACCGCCGCCGCCGCCGCCCCUACCACUGCUGAUAGUAAAGGAGCAGAAUUUUCGGAGAAGCAGUGGCCCGGGUCUACCGCCGCCGCCCGCGCCGCCAGGCAUGCUGAGGCAGAGCGCGCCGCUCGGGAAGAACGGCGCGGCGCUGCCUAAGCUGAAGCCCCUGCACUGGGACAAGGUGCGCGCGGCGCCCAACCGCCGGAUGGUGUGGGACAGAAUCCGAUCGAGCUCAUUCGAAUUGGACGAGCAGAUGAUCGAGUCGCUGUUCCUGUACAACUCGAGGCUGUCGGCGAAGCACGAGGAGGCCCAGAGCCGGAGCCCCUCCCUCGGCAACCACGUCCUGGACCCCAAGAGGCUGCAGAACAUCACCAUCCUCAUGAAGGCGGUGAACGCCACCGCCGAGCAAAUCUACGCCGCGCUGCUGCACGGGAGCGGCCUGUCGGUGCAACAACUGGAGGCCCUAAUCAAGAUGGCGCCGACCAAGGAGGAGGUGGAAAAGCUCUCCGGCUACGACGGCGACGUCGACAGCCUGGUCCCGGCGGAGAGGCUCCUCAAGGCGGUGCUCACGAUACCCUGCGCCUUCGCACGAGUCGAGGCGAUGCUGUACCGCGAGACCUUCGCCGACGAGGUCGGCCAUAUCAGGAAGUCGUUCGCAAUGCUCGAGGACGCGUGCAGGGAGCUGAUGUCGAGCAAGCUGUUCAUGAAGCUGCUGGAGGCCGUGCUCAAGACAGGGAACCGGAUGAACGUCGGGACGGCGCGGGGCGGCGCCAUGGCGUUCAAGCUCGACACGCUGCUCAAGCUCGCCGACGUCAAGGGCGCCGACGGGAAGACCACGCUGCUGCACUUCGUGGUCCAGGAGAUGACGCGGUCGCAGAAGUCGCCGACGCGCGCAGGCGCGGCCGAGGGGGCAGACAUCGCCACCGGCCUGGGCGCCGAGCUCACCAACGUCAAGAAAACGGCGACCGUGGACCUGGACGUUCUCACCACCUCGGUCUCCAGCCUGUCGCAGGGCAUCUCCCGGAUCAAGGAGCUGGUAGGGAGCGGCCUCUCCGGCGACGACAGGAACGGCUGCUUCGUCGCCUUCAUGGCGCCUUUCGUCAGCCACGCCGAGGAGGUGAUCCGGGAGCUGGAGGACGGCGAGCGCCGGGUGCUGGGCCACGUCAGGGACAUCACCGAGUACUACCACGGCGACGUGGGCAAGGACGAGGCGAGCCCGCUCAGGAUCUUCGUCAUCGUCAGGGACUUCCUCGGGAUGCUGGAGCGGGUGUGCAAGGAGGUCAAGGGGGUCAGGAAUUUCCAUGCUUGGAAUCCGGUUCCGAACAACGUAUGAUGCUUGGUUUUGGGUCGUUCUUGGCUAGGUUAGAACAGAAGAAUCCAUCAUACAUAGUCCACUGAUUUUGGUUUGGUAGACUAGAUUGUUGAAGAUUGGGAUGUAUAGUUGAUGAGUUGAUCACUCACUGGGACGAGACAACAUGAUGUUUGGACUGGCGCUGUUUGAAACAAACAAGUUGGCGUGUGUA